GGAAAGUACACUUCAGUUGAUCUCGACCAAACCGAGAGCGAGAGCGAGAGAGAGAGAGCGAGAGGAGAGAUCCACAAGGAAAUGAUGCGAUACAGAGAGGAAAAAGAAGCCAAGAAGGAAGCGUUUAGGAAGUACUUGGAAUCGAGCGGAGUCGUCGAUUCGCUCACCAAAGUUUUGGUUUCCUUGUACGAGCAAAACGACAAGCCCUCUUCUGCAAUUGAGUUCAUCCAGGAAAAGUUGGGGGGUCCGACUGUGUCCGAGUACGAGAAGUUACAAGCUGAAUUGUCAGAUCUCCGGAUGAAGUACAAUGAGCUUUUGGCUGCUCACCAAGAAACUUGCAAGAAGUUUGACGAACUAAAGAAUCCACAUAACACAGCUCCCACCAAGGAAACCAGUGAUGGCGAGGGUUCAAAUGACUGGUCAUGUGAUUAGACUGAGUUUCAUUGAGGCAUCGUCCGCGGUAAAAAGACAAGCAACAGAAAUGAAGCCGCAAAUGCAUCACUUCAUUGUCUAUGUGAGCAUUAUAAUCUCCAUCUAUACAUUUGUUCAUUUGUGAAAA